AUGAGUAUCUUGUGGUUCCUCUCCUGCCUGGCACUUGCCAGCGCAGCACUGGGCUGUGGCGUCCCUGCAAUCAAACCAGUCAUCACUGGCUACUCCCGCAUUGUCAAUGGCGAGGAGGCGGUGCCUGGAUCGUGGCCCUGGCAGGUUUCGUUGCAGGAACAGAGCGGGUGGCACUUUUGCGGUGGGUCUCUUGUCAGCGAGCGCUGGGUGGUGACUGCUGCCCACUGCGGCGUGACCAAGUCCAACGUCGUCGUGCUUGGAGAACACGAUCGUAGCUCUUCUGUGGAGAAAAUACAAAGACUGGCCGUUGAACAGGUCUUCACCCACCCAGACUGGGACUCCUAUGCUAUCAGCAAUGACAUUGCCCUGAUCAAACUGGCUACACCUGCUGAGAUAACUGACACGGUGUCCCCCGUGUGCCUGACAGAUGCUUCCGACCAGUUCCAGAGCGGUGAUCUCUGUGCCACCAGUGGGUGGGGCAAGACGCGCUACAAUGCCUUCAAUACCCCCAGCAAACUGCAGCAAACAGCCCUGCCCCUGCUAUCCGUUGAGAAAUGCAAAGAGUACUGGAGCACUAACAUUUUGGACUCAAUGAUCUGCGCAGGUGCGUCUGGCGCCUCUUCAUGCAUGGGUGACUCCGGCGGCCCCCUUGUGUGCCAGAAUGAAGGCGUCUGGAAGCUCGUGGGCAUUGUGUCUUGGGGCAGCAGCCGCUGCUCUGUCACCACCCCUGCGGUGUAUGCCCGCGUCAGUUACCUUGGGGAAUGGGCUGAGAAAAUUAUGGCAGAGAACUGAGCAGCCUAACCUGGGAACGGUGGAAGAGUUCAGGGACUCCAAUAAAAGCUCG